UUAACACUCUAGGUGUGGUUGUAUUUGAUUGGUUUAGACAUAAAGGUCAGGCUAUUAGGGCCCUGUAGAUUCUAUUGCAUUUCAAAUGCAUUGUUCUGGAACCUUCAAAGACUAAAAAUUGGUUUAACUUUUAAAGAAAGGUGUUAAAAUGUCUUCCAGUGUGAAGGUUGACUUGGGGAUUUCAAAAUAUUGUAAAAGCUAUGAAUUCAAGACUGACUGGCUUCACCAAAGACCAAAUUCUGGCUUCUUUCACAGCCUUCAGCUGAGUGAUCAAGAGUAUGAAGAAGACAUGAAAGAUGAGAUUGACAAUGUUAUGGGUUUGUUGGACAAAAUGAAAGAAGAAAGACAAGAAGAAAUGUUAUCUUCACAGUCUGAAAGAGUUUCAAGAUUGGAAAGGCUGAAGAGAUCAAGGCAUCCACAUGAACAGAGUACUGGUGAGAAAGGGACAAAAUACUCGACAGAAGAUGAAGAUCUUCAUCGCGAGGGGCAACAAAAACGUAAACAAGAUUACGUAGUGGCCGAGUUACGUGAGAAAGCCGAGAUUAUUAGCAAAAGUGCCCGUAAAGGUCCUCAGGAUGUAACGUCAACCUUAUCUAGGAAUCAGAAUAUGGAAGACGAUCCAGAAGCCUCAAAAUACCUCGAGAAGAUCCGAGAUACCUCAACGUCUAAAGAGACAAGAGAGAAAAAGGAGCAACUUGAGACAAACACAGUCGUCGUAGACUUGCCUCCGCAAACCCCAAGGCAUAAAACGAGCGUGACAGUCAAACUCAAUCUGGAUAUGCAGAAGUCCAAGAUAGCUGUUGCAAAAGGUUCUGGUCUCCAAGGAAGACGAAAACCCACCACUGAACACAUCAGACGAAGUCUACUGCUGAGUGAUGAAGAGGAGCCCGAGGAUGCCUCGGCCAAAUUUGAUGCUGAUUUGGAAGAAGGAAUGGACGCCGACGACGAAGAUGAGCCAGCUACUCCAAAUGAGAUCACGCGCGUGGAAGCUGAUUUUAGCGAGAGUAUGGGUACUGCAGAAGCCAAAGUGAUGCCACAAAGCCACUUAGAAUAUGGUGAGCGAAUGGUCCUCGAGCGUCGAGGUAGCUUUGAUGGUUUAAUUCCGAGAAGCACUCCAAAACCUCGUAAACCAGCUUGGAAAAGCAAGACGUAUGGGGGUGUGGCGUUGCCUGCCUUUGCAGAGGCUAUGAAGGCUGGAAGUAAAAGUCUAAAGAAAACAGACACGGCCGAGAAACUGUUAACGGCGGAUGUCGUCAAACAGGCUGCAAUCAACAAACUGAACAGAGCUGCAAAGGAAGACAUUCCAGAAAAAGAACCGGAAAAACCUGCUUGGCUAGUUGAAGCCGAAGCUAGACGAAAAUUACAUGAUAAACGGCGGAAUGCUGGCGAUCGCGAGAAAAUCAAACCCAGUGAACCAGAUGAGCGAGUCAUUCCAAUACGUUUGAAAAAAACCGGAUCAAAGCUUCUAGAAGAAGACAUCGAUAAAAUAGCACAACUUCAAGAGGACAAUGAAGAUGAUUCACAGACUAAUAAAUUUGUAUUCAAGCUAAAGCCUACAGUGGGUAGAGGAGAAAAGCAGUCCUUUGAAUCGGAACCUACAAAGAUUUCAUUUCAACUGAAACCCACAGGAAUUCAGCUUGUUGAACCUGAGCAACCCAAGCAGGAGGCUGAAUCUACCGAGGCGCCCGUGACGGCUACUUUCGUAAAAGACUUUGAAACAGAGCCUCCAGUGUCCUCAAUUCGUUUACGGCACAUUUCAAAGCCCGAGCCAGUGGUGCAUCGUUUAGAAGAACAUGAGGAAAGAGUAACUCCAUCUGUUCGACUUAGGCAUAUUGCUCCAAAACAUGAGCCAGAACCUCGUGUAGAAGAGCAGGAAAAACCUUCACCUUCUUUUAGACUUCGUCACAUAACUCCGAAACCUGAGCCAGAAUCUCGGGUGGAUCAACAAGAGCGAGCUACUGUUCGUCUUGGUCGCAUUGCUCCUAAGCCAAUCGUCAAAGACUUUGAAUCAACACAGGAGCCUGAAUUAACGAUGAAGUUACGACUGAGAGGCAAAGCACCACCGAUUUACCCCGAUGAGGAAGACACGAAUGUGCAAAUCUCCCGUGUCAUUCCUUCUUCGAAACCAUCUCAAUCUCAAGACGAAUCUGCAGUAAGAAAAGCACAAACCCUAACGACGUAUGUAACACCAAAACCAGUUAAAGUUGUUGCUACUAAUGAAUACAGAGAACCAAAAGCCUUAGAGAUAGCACAGUUAAUUGAUCAACAACCAUUGCGAACAACACCAGAGAGUACAUCUUCUUUACCACAAACACGGUCCACGCCCAAGAACUUCUACAAAGUCACACCAAUUGGUUCAGAACCCACACGAAGAUUAUCAUACGGCUCUAGUCCUCGACUGUAUGAAGUACCAUCUGUUCCUACAUAUUCACAACCAUUAUCGCCAACAUCGUCAAAAACGUUUUCACCUCCAAUGUCUCCUACACUGAAAGCUACUCUCGUGGAGUCAACGCCCUCCAAUGGAUCAUCAAGAACGUUUUCACCUCCACCUAAAGCUACUGUUGUGUCACACCAACGUGUAGAGCCAACGCCCAUCUUCAGUGGAUCGUCAAGAAGGUUUUCAUCUCCAGUGUCUACAACACCAAAAGCUGACGUUGUGUCCUAUCGCGUUGAGCCAACGCCCACCUUCAGUGGAUCGACAAGAGCAUUUUCACCUCAAAUGUCUACAACGCCAAAAGCUACUUUAGUGUCCCACCGCGUGGAGCCAACACCUACCUCCAGUGGAAGGUCCAUGUUGCCUGCUAAAUCUAACCGAGGUAGGCGUAUAAGCGCUGAACGGUCGAAAACUGUAGUUGUAUCAGGAAGCGAGGUGCAACGUAUCAUUCCAGGAAGGAGGAUGAGUUAUGAUGACGCUACACGACACCCUGUUAGAAGGUCCUCUAGCUUGGAAUACCCAAGAAGUCAUGUGGAAAAGGCAGCCAAUGCUCAUUUGAAGCAUGCCGUAACUGUUGUGAAGGCUUCCAGUCUCCCUCAAAAAGCCAGGACAAUGUUGGCAACAGAACAGACGUACAGCCCUCGAUACACGACCUCAGUGGAGAGCUUUCCUACAGCAAAACAGGAUUUAUUUGACAGGAGAAAGCUUAGUUCGUCAAUAAGUGAACAAGAUUUCUUCGUACGGCCCAGAGGAUCGAUAUCUAACAAGGAGAAUGAACCCAGAAUAGUGACACAGAUGGAACCAAGGUGGAUGAGAGAGUUGCCUGACAGGACAUUUGCUGAUUAUGAUUCAUCGUAUGGUGAUAUCCAGGGUUUUGCUUCCCAGGCUGAUCGAAUGGAAGCUAUUGAACGACUUGAAAAAAGAUCAAGCAAGACUUCUUUUGACAGUGAUGAUGAAGUUCGUGAGAUACCAAAUUUUAUCAAAGAAUUCGAGAGGAAAAGGAGGAUGAAAACCCGAGGUUUUCGACUGAUUCAGCAAAGUUAUCCUCCAAAUGACCAGAGUUACGCUUGACGCAGCACUGCGAUGUAAUGUUUUAUGGCAGAGCAGAUCAUCUUUGGAAUAACAAAACAUAAUCGCCACUCUACAAUAUUUUCUUUUGAUGCACAAAGUAGAAAUUUGUAAAAUUAUUUUUAUACAUUAGAAUAAUUGCGUUUCUCAGAUGAAAUAGCACAAAUACAAGAUGAAAAUAUUUUUGAUACUUAAUAGAACUUCGAUAGUUGAUUAGUAAAAGCUAAUAUCAAUAAAUCAAUAAAGAUUUGUUGUUUCA